UUUUCCCACAAGUUGGAUGACGAAACACCUCCGACUUGAUGUAGUCGACCCGUAGCGUGUCCACAAAACCCCGCCGGAGGUUCCCGAAAAGCGCAGCGGGACGCUCCGGUUGAGAGGAGCCGAGGCGGCACUAUGAGGUUUCCAGCCCUUCUUUCAGCCCUGCGCUCGAUGGGCCCGGUGGUAAUCGGCAUUUCUUUAGGAUUCACCUUGAGUUUGCUCAGCGUGAACUGGAGCGAAGACGCGUGUGCCGCGGACGAGGGCGCCCCUCUGGGCCGCGACGAACAGCCCAAAGGUGCCCGCAAACCCAACUCCAUUGCCGUCGCCAACGACGCCGAGACCGAAGCGGAUUUCCAGCCGAGAAUAGUGCCGUACAAGCAAGUCGCGCCGAGUACCGCAAAGAAAGUUUUUCGGGCCAAAUAUAUCAGCACAGAACUGGGGAUUCACGAGCGUCUGUUCGUUGGAGUCCUGACUUCGAAAAACACCAUAAACACCUUGGGCGUAGCUGUCAAUCGCACCAUUAGCCAUCAUCUGGACACUGUGAUUUUCUUCACGGGCACGCGCAACCGCAAAAGCCCCCACGGCAUGUUUGUGGUCUCGCACGGCGACGAAAGACUGAUCUGGAACAUGUUUCAGACCAUGAAGUACAUUUUCGACCAUUACAUCCACGAGUACGACUGGUUCUACUUCGUCCAAGACGACGUGUACACGGAGGCCGACAGGAUCAAAAACCUCGUGGAGCACCUGAGCAUGAACCGAGAGGUUUACAUGGGUUGUCCGGAGGAGUUCAUAGGCGGGGAGAUGGAAGGCAGCUACUGCUACGGGGGCUUUGGGUACCUCCUCUCUCGAACUUUGCUGCUUAGACUUCAACCCUUCCUUGAAAAUUGCCGCAACGACAUUCUGAGCGCCAGGCCCGACGAGUGGCUGGGGAGAUGCAUCAUUGACUACACGUCGACAAACUGUGUCAACAACUUUGAGGGGCUCGAGUACCACCAUUAUCAGUUGGAGAAAAACUCCGACCCCAGCAAGGAGGAGAGCGAGCAGUUUCGAAGAGCUCUGACCGUCCAUCCAGUGUCCGACCCCGAACAGAUGUAUCGGCUGCACAGACACUUCACUGAGAUUGAACUGCAGAAGACUUACGACGAGAUUGCUAAAAUCCAGGCGGAAAUAAAAAACGUCAGCGUUGACGCCUUUGACGGCAGCCGAACUGCGCAGUGGCCGGUAGGAAUCAACCCGCCCUUUGAACCAAAGUCUCGCUUUGAAGUUUUAAAAUGGGAAUACUUCACGGAAGAGGAGAUUUAUUCAUGCGUUGACGGAUCCCCAAAGUGCGAAUUGGGUGGCGUCGACCGCCUCGACGUGGCCGACGUCAUUGACGUAGCCGUUGGAGAGCUGAACAAGAAGUACAAGCCAAUCUUGCACCUGAAGAAGCAACGCCUGGUCAAUGGCUACAGGCGCUUUGAUCCUACAAGAGGGAUGGAGUACACCUUGGACUUACAGCUAGAGGUAGCCAACCAAAAAGGUCACAGCCGUUCUAUCACCAAGCGCGUUCAUCUGCUUCGACCUUUGAGCCAGCUAGAGAUAAUUCCCAUGCCCUAUGUCACGGAAGGUACCAGGGUUCACGCCAUCAUACCGAUUACCGCGUUGGAUCGGGACUACGUGGAGCAUUUCUUAAAGGUCUUCGCCUCCAAUGCCUUUGAGACGAGCGAAAACAUCAUCCUGACCUUCCUGUUCAUUUACGACCCCGUGGAAGCACAGCAAGUUAACCAGAAUGAUAUAUUUGCCGGCGUUAAGACGCAGAUAAACCUCUACGAGCGCAAAUACCCCGCAGUGAAAAUCCCUUGGAUAAGCGUCAAGACAGACACACCGUCUCAGAUCAAAUUCAUGGACAUCAUCUCCAAGAAGCACCCAGUCGACACCUUGUUCCUUCUCGCUAGCGUCAACACCAACGUCAAUUCAGAGUUUCUGAACCGCUGUCGCAUGAACUCCAUCAACAACUGGCAAGUGUUCUUCCCCAUCCAUUUCCAGGAUUACAACCCCGACGUGGCCUAUCACAGCCAGCCGCGGCCGGCCACGAUCGACCUGGUCAAGGACUCGGGACAUUUUGAUCGGUGGUCGUUUGACGAAGCUUGUUUCUACAACGCGGACUUCAUGGCAACGCGCACGAAAAUGGUCGGUGAUGUCCAAGAGAACGAGGAGAUCCUAGAGACCCUGGACAUUUACGACAUGUUCGUCAAGUACUCCGGGCUACAUGUAUUCAGGGCAGUAGAACCGGCGUUACACCAGGGCUACCGCUACCAAGCUUGCAACCCGCGGCUCAGUGAGGACAUCUACCACAGGUGUGUUCAGAGCAAUUUGGAAGGGAUCGGUUCCCGUUCCCAACUGGCCAUGCUCCUGUUUGAACCAGAACAAGGAAAUAGCACUUGAGAGCAAACAGCCAAACCUCGACACUUGCAUGUUACAUAAAAAAACAAACAGUUACUGGGACAAAACUAUUUCAGUGCGUCCGAAUAUAUUGGCAACACUGACCUUCGCACACGGUGUAGUCCAUUUCUCGGGGUACCUUGUUUACAACGGUGACCUUUCAACGCGCCCAAACACGACUGAAUCGGACAACCAACCGUGAGCGGAUCGUUUCGGUGACUCACGCCCGCCCACCUGGCGGUUGACCCUCGCGCACAUUCCAACAGAAAAACUGCGACCCUCAACGUCUUCAGGUGCCGCGUUAUCAUUCCGUAGAACCACAAGCAACAUGGCGCCAUUGUCAAGGACGAAGCGCAGCAUUUCCCUGGCCACCGUAGCAAUAACAGCCACAUUCGUUGACUGCACACGUGCCUUUCGGAGACAGACUCUCCACGCUUCACUUUUUAGCCUCAGGUACAGUACAAAUGCUAAAAAUAGUUGAGUAUUAUUGUAAAACCAAGGUAUUAACUUUGUAUACUGCAUUGGUACGGCUCGGCGAAGGUCAACCCAAUCUCACCUGGUACCCAGAAAUGUCAUUUUUCUCUUGAAAGAUCACGCGCGACGCCGUCCACCUAUGAUUGAAGUCUCACGGCCCGCCACCUGUGGAAAGUACUUGCGCAACCCCGCGGACUACUCGACAGUUCGGAGGUGCCCGCUCGUGUGGUUAGGUGUGCAAAUACUUUCCUACCCUUCUGCCACGCAAUGAGCAAUAUUUGACCACUAUGUUAGCGAAACAGGGCGUUGUUGUGCAGCUAUUUUCGAUGAAGGCGUGUUGACAUGCCGCCAGUCAGCUCCACCGUCAAAUAACACUCCUUAUUUUUUUCUUUCUGCACCUGCUGCCCUGUUUCAGUAUUAACUCGGAUCUUUAUCUUGGUUUUGCGCUACCGGGUUCUUUUCAUUUUGCACUAGGGGGAAGUCUGCAAUCGUUUGUGCUGGACAGAGCGUUGCUGCUUUCGGGAGUUUUCACGGUGGUCAGUCCAAGUCAACCAAAUCAAACGUUCCAAAAGUGGUUUGCACUGUUACCGGCGAGGGUCUCUGCGUAAAACCUGUUUUAGUUUUGGAAUUUGCGCGUUGUUCGUAUGCCUCCUGUGGUUGUCUUCUGGUGUUCCGUACACCUCCACUGACCAAAAUAUCAACCUUGGCCGUCUAUUAUUAUGGAUCUAAUCUCUAGAUAUGCAUCAAACCUGCGCACCGCGGGUUGUGUGCGCAUUUCCGACGUUACAGAUGUGAGUGUAUUCCAAGGAAAUUGCUGUAAUUGUGCCUUGAAACUGAUUUUCCAUCAGGUGGUUCAUAUUUAUGUCGCAAAAUAUUUUGCCACGCAGGCGCUGCAGUGGCCCUAUUUUUCAUCCGUUUUUGGUUUUUCGAUACGCGAUGAAACCGAGUCGAGAACGUUGCAUUCUGGUUUUAGAGGCUCUUUGGUGCUCAAGCGCCCGUCACAAAGUAUUUCCUGACAGCAGAUAUUCCGUGAGGUAUUCUACGUGUGUACCGUAAUUCCCGGCCUACAGAGCGCAUAUGUACAUUGUAUGUAUCAUUUGAUACAUACAUAGGCCGCAGCUGUGUAAAAUCCGCAAGUGCCCACAUAGAAACAAGAGAUAUUUACAAAGAAAAACAGUACACAGAGUUUAAAGUUAGCGCCGCUUCGCUAACGCUAGCGCUGGCGCUCGAAUGCUAAUGCUAGGCGUAAUUCCUGGCCUCCAGAGUGCAACUGGUUACAAGCCUCACCCAGUACAUUUGUGAAGGAAAUACCAUUUGGUACAUACAUGCGCCGCACCAGUGAAAAAGCCGCAAGUGAACACAUUGAAACACGAGAUAUUUACAAAGAAAGACGGUACACAGAGAGGUUAACGCUAGCGCCGCCGCUCUAAUGCUAACGCCACCAACCUAACGAUAGCGCCACUGCGCUAACACAAAUGCUAGUGCCGCCGCGGUAAUGCUAACGCUAGCGCGCUAACACUAAUGCAGGGGUCACCAACGUGGCCCCCGUGGGCGCAUGGUUGCCCACGAGGACCACUUAAGGCACCCGCGAGGCAUGUUCUAAAAAUAGCACACGUUACAAAUAGUUAUAGUUUUAUUUGUCCUUUAACUUUUGAAUCUGACUUUUUUACUAUGAAAAUUUUAAAGACAAUGUCAUAUAAUAUAAAGUAUUUAUAUAUUUCUAAAGUUUAAGGAGUUUUGUUAUUUUGGAAGCUUGCCCCUAACAGGUCACGUAGCCCGUCAUAUGAUCGCUGCUCACGAAGUAGCCCUUAGCCUCAAAAAGGUUGGUGAACCCUGUGCUAGUUCUAGCGCUCCGCUAACAGGGCCGGUUUAAAAAAAAAAAACAAAACAAAACAUACUAGUAAAAAUCACUGAGACACGGCAGUAACACGCUAGUGCAGCGCUAACAGGGCCGGACCUGUAAAAGAAAACCACUUCCUCGGCACAUGUAUUCCACCAGUCUCACUCUUAGCUUUUCCGCUUGAGUGCCCCCUCGCGGCUGUUAGAAAAAAUACACAAAUUAGCCGCAUCACCGCAUAAAUGGUGGAAAGCAUGUGGAAAAAGUCGCGGCUAAUUAGGCCGGAAAUUACGGUACAUUAUUCUUGAAUGCUUGUUACUAAAAAUGUAGCCGCAGAAAGCCUGAAAGAAGUAUCUAUCUAUAUAUGAAAGCAAAAUGUGUUUUUUUCCGCCAGUAUUUUCUGCGUGAAGCACGGAAUACUUUGAAAGUUAUGUGGCAGAAAUUCACGGGGACAAUGUGCGUCGCAUUAGCUCGAUAAGCGCUACUGUUUGAACUGGCUUGGGCUUCAACGACGCCAGUCCAAAUCGCGUAUCGGCGUUUCUCUCCAUUUGCAUUUGAAGAUUUAGGAUCUUUGCUGAAACUUUACGAGAACGGUAGCAAUCGUUGUAGGAAUGUUUUCAAUUGCGGUUACUUCAGAAGUGCAAUAUCGCUGCUAACGCCGGCGUCGAGCGACCAGAUGGAAUACAUCUGCGUUUAUCUGGCAGUACUAUAUGGAACCUAUUGUACUUUUUGUGUUCUUUUUUUUUUUUUUGGUCACAGGUUACAGGAGAUUAAUUAAAAAGUGUGUGUCGAGUUUUCAAGAUUUCUGUAAAUGCAAUGAUUUGAACUACUUAUUUAAUUAAGGAAGUGUAGAGAAGAAGUGAAGAAGAAGUGUACCGCUGGUCCAAUGAGAACCGAACCGGGCUUUUAGGUCGGAACUGCCCCGAGAAGGAGCAAGUAUUGAUUUUUUUUUUUUUUUGGUCUACUGUGAUUCAUGCAAUGAAUGAAUAAUAAUAGCAGCGUGGAGCUGGAAUUCGACGUAAUGAGAAGCGAAAAGGACAAGGAUGUAAGUCCCAGUAACGUUAUUGUUUUUUUUCUUGUUCUUUUCUUGUUUGUGAUUGAUCUGAACAUUGCAUUCCGACUUCAGUCCUACGUAUUGGUCAUCAGCUGUACAAUUUUUUUUUAAUUAAAAGUUGAGACCUCAUUGUUUCAAACGCCAUAUUUUGCUGUAUCCUGAUUAUAACUUUUUAAGCGCCGUCUUUGAACGAGACGUCGCUCUGCUGAAUGUUUUCCUGUGAAUAGCACAACACAAUGAACCAAUAAUUAACGUUCCAACCCCCCCACCUUGAACCCCUUUCCACAAAAAAAAAAAACCAAAAAACUGUGAAUUUUUGCUAGAACAAAAUUAGUUGUGAUCUGUGUGUAUAUUCACCAAAGCCAGCACAGUAGGAAAAUAUUGAACUAUGCUGUAGACUAUUUUAUAAUAACGCACUAAUUUUAUGGACACUUUUGUAAAGCCUUUUAAUUCCACACAUCACUUUAUAUUAUCUGAUGACGACACCUCCUUUGCUGUUACGUGCUGUUUAUAUCGUGGCGUUUGGCCUCCUUGAAAAUUGAAAUAACGCCGUAUAAGUAAUACGGUAUGUUUCAGAAACUAUUUAAGUUUUUUUUUGUGGCAUUUUUUUUGAUUUUGGAACCAAAUGUGUUACUGGUACUAAUCUAACCAAAGCAAGUGAAGCAAUACUUUCAUUGAUGCUCAUUCAUUUUUGACUUUGCUGUAAUUACCAAUCAAAUG